GGAAGUGACGUGUCGCGCCGACUCUCGCUUGAGAGACAGCCGCUCUUUCUUGUUCACACGAUGCUUUAGUUCACCGAGAUUUUAACACCGUGAAGUCUAGGCUGCGCUGUUUGUGUGCUGUGUAGCGUCGCGUUGCGUUUGCUUUUGCUUUUGCGUUUGUGCUUGUGUGUGUGUAUGUGUGUGUGAGAGAGAGAGAGAGAGAGAGAGAGAGAGAGAGAGAGAGAGAGAGAUAUGGAUCAGUGUGCAGUAGGUGAGUUGUAUGAGGCGUUCGCUGUGCUGGCCGGAAGUGACCCCGAUCACUGCUCCUAUCCAAAGGGUUACCUAAAGAGGCAGGCUGUGUUUGCGUGUAACACGUGUGUUUCUGCUGGCAUGGAGCCGGCCGGUGUGUGUCUGGCCUGUGCAAACGCGUGUCACGAUGGACAUGACAUCUGUGAACUCUACACCAAGAGAAAUUUUCGCUGUGAUUGUGGCAAUGAGAAAUUCCAUGGCUUCAAAUGUAGUCUUCUUACGGAAAAAGCAGGACAGAAUGUGAAAAACUCGUACAAUCACAACUUCUUUGGACGCUACUGCUCGUGCGACAGACCGUAUCCUGAUGAAGACGAUCAGGUUAAUGAAGAAAUGAUCCAGUGUAUCGUGUGUGAAGACUGGUUCCACGAGAAGCACCUGGAGGCUGCGGUGGUGGACUGUGAAGAUCUGAUGGAGAUGAUCUGUGAUCGCUGCAUGACUCGAGCACCGUUCCUCCAGACGUAUGCGGCUCAUUUCGCAGUUUCUGAGACGAAUAAACCGAGUCUCAGUAAAAUGCAAGUUUUUGCUGCUCUGAAGACCGAUGAAGACGGGCCGGGGAGUCUGAAUGACCUGAGCUCAGUCUCUCAGCCUUCAGGUGAUGUGAUGAAUGUUCAUCAGAGCUCUGAUCCAGAGACCAGCCGUUCGGCGCAGCAGCCCUCUGAACGUACCAGAUGCACUUUAAAAGAGCUGGAGGCCAAAGAGUCGGUGAGCGCCAGAAGCGGAGCUGUGUUCUGGCCUUACUGCUGGAGAGCAAAACUCUGCACAUGUACCGACUGCAAGAGAAUGUAUGUAAAGGCGGGAGUUCCUUUCCUGCUGGACGAAUCAGACACGCUGCUGGCGUACGAGGAGAAAGCCAAAGCUGAAACGCUGAGCAGUGAAGAGCUGCUGAUGUCCUGCAUCACCUCCCUGCCCCACGAGCAGCAGCUGGAGAUCAUCUACAAGUACAAUGACCUGAAACACGAGCUGCACGACUUUCUUCUGCAAUCUGCAAACCAGAGAAAGGACGUCACUCCUGAAGCUUUCCGUGAGUUUUUGGAGGAACUGCAAACAAGAAAGAAGAGGCGGUUGAACUGAAGCCAUCAACAACACACUGAUUAUUAUGGGACUGUACACCUUUGGCUGGAUCCACUUUAAUAAAGUCUCAGAGCAAAAACACUGA